UCCGAUAUUUAUGAAUACGAAAACAAUGGGCGCGACCGCGCGAGGCUAGUAGCCGGAGCGCCGGCGUGCGGCGGUGCCUCUUGGGUCCGGAUGGAUUGAAUCGGUGAAGUAGGAAGAGUAUUACAAGCGAGAAGAAGCGAUGGACGGCGAGUUGAGGGACGGCAUCCCUUGUUCUUCCCUCGCCGUCGAUUCAUUCCUCAGGCUUGGAGCGGCAGGAAGUGCUUGGGGGAUGUUUUUUGGUCCUUAUGAAGCUCAGAAAAGAGGUCUUACUGGUCUUGCUCGGACUGCUGUUGUGGCCAGCUGUGUUGGCAAAUAUGGAAUACAAUGUGGGCUUUUUGCUGGAGUUUUAUCAGCAACAAACUGUGGAAUCCAAAGAUACCGAAUGAAGAAGGAUUGGGUGAAUGCUAGUGUUGCAGGCGCAAUAACGGGAGCUCUCUUGGCUGCAAAAACCAAGAGCUGGAUGCAGAUCUUCAGUACUGCUGCUGUGGUUUCUGGAAUUGCUGCUGCAGCUGACCACUGGCGAAAAAUCUGAUUUAGAGAUGCUUAAAGUGGCCUACAACGACAGUAAAUGUUGAUUAACAUCUAUCUUUAUUUUUGAGCCACCUAAACAAAUUCUCCCUUCUUUUGCUGGCUGAUAGCCAAUUCUUAGUAGCUGUGAAAGGGUCUAGCGCCCCCACACACAGCGUGUACAAAGGGGUGGUUAUGCUCAUGUAUCAAAAAGUGAAUAGUUUCAAGGCCUUUUUUUCAUUAACCUGAAUCAAAAUAUGCACGAAGGGUGGUUUCCCUUUUCAUCUUGAACAGGUACAGUAUUCGGUGGAUUUAGUUAUUAAUGUUGAACAGGA